CUUAUUUAUAGAUGCCUUGAUUGGAAAAACAAACAUUAGUGAUAUGUGACGCUAAAAUCAAUUUAUUCUCCUAAAAGAGAACACAAGCAUUCCCGACCAUUUUAUCACAUGGGAAUCCCAUUAAACAGAACUGGGCAGUUACAGUUACUUUCAUACAUUUGCACUAUAAGACAGAAUGGAAUGAAUUAUAAUUUAACAUGACAGUGAUUGGCAGAAUGACGUCAGCCAUAAAUUAACACUGCAGUGACUAAUAGUAUGACUUGUCUUGUAAAUCAAGUGGUAGUGAUUGACAGCAUGGCAUGACUCGUAAAUUGACAUAUCUGUUCCUUCGUUGUCAGGAGGAGCAAAUCAGACUUGGGUUGCUUAAAGUCCACUCGGACAGAUUUUGCUGGAGUGAAGAAGCACAAGCGGCUACACUCAUUGCCCAGUUGGAAAUGGGUGAUUUCCAAGCUGUUAAAAGGGUAGAGAGAAAAAAGAUAGACGAGAUGAAACUGCCUGAAAAGCUUACCUACACUCUACCAACUAGUGAUGCUUCUUCUAUGAAAAUUUUCGCGAAACUGUUAAGCGGAAGCUUCGAGACGCUCUUGGAGACUGAACAACUGAAAGUCACUAUGUCAUUGUUUCCCCAGGACGAGACCAGGCCAGGAAUUGAACAUGAGUGCAGGGCAAACUAGCCAAUGGAAAUGGGCAGUGAAGCUGACGAGUAAAUGCUCGCGUGAUUUCCCUGCAUUGAAGAGUCAAGUGCAGUCACGAGAUUUGUCAGCUUGUGGUAAGGCGAAGAAAUUUGUCACUGGAUGGACAAGCUCUGGCGUUUCUGGCAGUCAUCACGAAGGCGCGAAACAGGUCACUCUAAAGGCUGGUACUUCAUGUUCGCCUGAGCAGCAUUCGCAGCGCCAUUUGUGAAAGUGUUUUGAAUAAAGGAUUAUUAUCAACUUCUGACUACGUCAACGUAUGUUGUUCAAGCUCCUACACCGGUUGAAACUGGCCCAAAGUAAUCAUCCCAGUGUUCAAUCAUUGCCCUGCAUUCAGACGACAGCUGAUGGCAAUAGUAUCUUAAACAGGAAGUAAAAUACUGAUCUUGAACUGCAUUAAUACUGAACUGUUCGCAGGAGCAAUUCUUUUUGGAAGAUGGGUCUUCUUUUUUUACUCGGUCCUGUAAAUAUGUACAUAUUAUUUUCACGUAGUUGCAUAUAUGAAGGUCCAGUUAGUUAAACUGUGUGCCAUAUAUUCGUAUUGGUGUUAAUUGUAAACACUACACAAACGUCCAUUUGUGACAUAAUGCAAAAGUUUGUUCGAUCAAAAAAGACAAGUGUUCAUAGAGGCCGUAGACUAUACUGACUACAAGUUGCCAUUCAGACUUUAAAUUGGACAGACUGUCAUCGCUUACAUGAAGAAGCUUAUGUCUUGAAGG